CGGCUGCAGCGGAGGGGCCGAGAGCUGGCGGCGGCGGCGGUGGUCGUGAAGGGCAUCGGUGACGGAGAUGAUCUGAAGAUGGAAAGAGCCAGGCGAAGGGGAGGCGGCGGCGGCGGCGGUGGCGGCCGUGGCCGCGGAGGCAAGAAUGUAGGGGGCUCUGGCCUAAGCAAGACUAGACUCUAUCCCCAGGCCCAGCAUUCUCACUACCCCCACUACUCCGCGUCAGCCACCCCUAAUCAGUCUGGGGGAGCAUCCGAAAUCCAGGAGCUGGCCUCCAAACGAGUGGACAUCCAGAAAAAGAGGUUUUACCUAGACGUGAAGCAAAGCUCCCGGGGCCGCUUCCUAAAGAUAGCCGAAGUCUGGAUAGGGAGAGGCCGGCAGGACAAUAUCAGAAAGAGUAAACUGACCCUCUCCCUGUCAGUAGCAGCAGAGCUGAAGGACUGUCUAGGCGACUUCAUAGAGCACUAUGCCCACCUGGGCCUGAAAGGCCACAGGCAAGAGCAUGGGCAGAGCAAAGAGCAAGUCUCCAGGAGGCGGCAGAAGCACUCCGCACCCUCCCCACCGGUGUCAGUGGGGUCAGAAGAGCAUCCUCACAGUGUCCUCAAAACGGACUAUAUAGAGAGGGACAAUAGGAAAUACUACCUGGACCUAAAGGAGAACCAACGAGGUCGCUUCCUAAGGAUUAGACAAACCAUGAUGAGGGGCACUGGCAUGAUAGGUUAUUUUGGCCACAGUUUGGGCCAGGAACAGACUAUUGUCCUCCCGGCGCAAGGUAUGAUUGAAUUUCGUGAUGCCUUGGUCCAGCUGAUUGAAGACUACGGCGAAGGAGACAUAGAAGAACGAAGGUGUGGAGACAACGACCCACUUGAACUCCCAGAGGGGACCUCUUUCAGAGUGGACAAUAAAAGGUUCUACUUUGAUGUGGGCUCUAAUAAAUAUGGAAUUUUCCUGAAGGUAAGUGAGGUGAGGCCACCUUACCGUAAUACUAUUACUGUUCCAUUCAAAGCUUGGACAAGGUUUGGGGAGAAUUUUAUCAAGUAUGAAGAAGAGAUGAGGAAAAUUUGCAACAGCCAUAAAGAAAAGAGAAUGGAUGGGCGCCGGGCCAGUGGUGAAGAACGAGAAUGCCUGGACUAGCGUGAAAUUGAACUCCAGCAGGCAAAGUUUAGAAAUCAGUAAUUGGCUAAACGUACUGAUCCAUAAUCAUGAUCAUUUGAAGAAGUUUCUCCUCUUUUGGGCCCUUUGUUAUUAGUAAUACCUCUAAUAGUUUAUACUUAAAGGAGUCUGAUUCUCAUGUUAUGUUAUGCAUAGAUCACUAGAAUUCUCAUGGGAAUUCCAACCUCCCCAGAGCCAAAUAGUUUAGCUGCUUCAACUGCUCCAGACCUAUUGAAGUAUGCAGAUCGGCACAAAGUGUGACAUUCUGACCUUUAAUCACGAUAACUAAGAUUUACAUUGCACUAUAUGACAGAAUCUUGAAAAUGAUGCAUAGACUAAAGACGAAAGUGUGAAUUCCUAUUUAUCAAAUCCCGCCCCCCAAAGAAAGUCCCAUCCUUUGUUAAAAGUUCAUACUUUGUUAAAAAGUUGCUAAGUUUACCUGUAGGACAGUUACCACAGAAACAGAAAUUGACCUGGAGUAUAGUAGAUUUCUUGAUGAAAGUACUAGUAGGAAUAUAUUGCUCAUUGGGUAACUGAAUAUUAACUAGUACCACUAAAAUACAAAUCUUAUUACAUAAUUAGACCUUUAAAAUACAAUGUCAUAUUUCUUAACAGUUACUAUAUACAGUGUUCCAUAAUUUCAAGUUUUGUGGUAACCCUACAGUUUCAGUUGCCAUAUCAAAGCCAUGGAAGUGUUUUAAUUCAUUAUUCUUAGCUAACUGCAAUCUAAUCUUCUGUUUCCUAUUCUAUAUAUUUUAUUGACUUUCUAAAGGUAUGGACAUGAUGCUUAUGUCACUCUUGAGAGGGAGGCUUCACCCAGUGGCUUUGUUAUGGAAAUUUUGAUGUUUUAGCCAUUCUUGAUAGUUUGGAAUCGGUUUGGUUUUUUUUCCUUAUAAGCUGUCAUAAACUUUCAAAGUGUAUUUUAUGCUUUCCCAUCCAUGCAUAGUUGCUGCACCCGUUGACUGGUGUAAAAUACGUUUACUGACGUAUUUUAGUAGGGCUCCUACAUUGACUGCCCUUAAAACCAUCU